AUGACUUAUCCCGAUACAUUUAAGGGUAUUGCUGUGACAGAUCAUGCAAACUGGAAGAAUGUCUCUCAACUUGACUACCUGCCCAAGCACUUUGAUGAUCACGACAUCGACAUAAGAGUUCUGGCUUGUGGAGUUUGUGGUUCGGAUAUACAUUGUGCUAGUGGGCAUUGGGGUGAAAUUCCUAAGCCCCUAGUGGUUGGACAUGAAAUUAUUGGUAUCGUGGUAAAGACUGGUCCACGUUGCGACAGUGGAUUGAAAGUCGAAGACCGAGUGGGUGUUGGAGCACAAGCACUCUCAUGCCUGGAUUGCGACCGCUGCACGCAUGAUAACGAGCCGUACUGUCCAAACAGGGUGAGUACUUAUGCGAAGUCUUACCGGGAUGGAUAUGUAUCCCAAGGCGGAUACGCUGAUUAUGUGAGGGUUCAUGAGCACUUUGCCGUACUUAUCCCAGAGUCAAUCCCCUCACAUUUGGCCGCUCCAUUGAUGUGUGGUGGAUUAACGGUGUUUUCCCCUUUGCUUAGAAAUGGAUGUGGUCCUGGCAAGAAGGUUGGAAUUUUAGGAAUCGGAGGUAUUGGUCACAUGGGUGUUCUUUUAGCUAAGGCAAUGGGAGCAGAAGUUUAUGCGAUCUCUCGGACAUCCAGCAAAAAAGCAGAUGCUGUGAAACUGGGCACAGAUCAUUUCAUUGCCACUAAAGAGGAACCUGAUUGGCACGAAAAGUAUUUUGACACGCUUGACCUUCUUGUUAUCUGCGCUGGCUCUUUAACAGAUGUGGAUUUCGAUACUCUUCCCAAAAUCAUGACAGUUGGUGGGCGUGUUGUAUCUAUUGCCAUUCCGGAGCAACAUGAAAUUUUAAAGCUGAAACCAUUUGGCCUAGUGGGGGUCUCGAUCGCAAACAGUCUUUUAGGGUCUAUGAAAGAGCUGAAGGAGUUAUUAGAAUUGGUAGCCAAGAAUAAUAUUAAAAUAUGGGUAGAAACGAUCCCAAUAGGUGAAAAGGGUGUUAAUGAAGCCUUUACAAGAAUGGAAAAGGGCGAUGUAAGAUACCGAUUCACCCUGGUUGACUACGACAAGGCAUUUUGA